AUGGCUAAUCAUGAUCAAAGGCUAGUCACAGAGGAAGAGUUCAUUGAACAUUUCAGAAAGCGGUUUGAAAACAGGAACAUCAAGUUUCCUAAUAGGCACUAUAAGACAUGGCAAGACUUUUUUGAUACUAAAUUUAAGAAGCAUCUAUCAGAAGCUGAUUUAGACAAUGUUGGUAUUCUUUCGUCUCAUAUAGCUGAGAAGCUAUCAAAUAUUAACAAAACUGCUUCUAUGGAAUUGUAUUCCAAACUUCCAGAUCAGUUGUACAAAAACAAAGGCCUUGAUAAAAAUAGAGAAGAGUUUUUUGACCUUAUCAACAAUUAUUCAAAACAAGAAAGUACUCAAGUCCCAAAAGCUAAGGGAAAGGGCAAAGUUAUGUCUGGUGCUAAGAAUGUUUCCGAUCAAAUGGAUUCAAUUGAAAAUCAACCAUCAUCAUCAGUUGACCAAUCCACAAAAAAUACUAAUGGCAAUACUAUCACAAUUGAUAUUUUUGAGAAAGAGUCCAGAAGGUUUCAUGCUGAUGAUUUUUUCAAGAACGAUAAAAGAAGAUUUGAUUUACAUUUAGAGAAUUUGGAUGCUUUGGGUAUAAUCAAUAAUCACAAGUGGUCACAAACAAUCAACAUCAACGCUAAUAAAUUUAACAAAGUUAUUGGAAAGGAUCCCAAUCCUGAUUCAAUUGAUGGUCAUAAGAAGUCAAAAACAAGUGAAUAUAUCUUUAAAAUUAUAGAUCCUGAAUUUCGUUGGUUAGCAAUCAUUGAACAUGCUUUGAAAAGAGGUGAAUAUGUAGAACCACGUUUUGGUUAUAGAAUGGCUUGUGAAAGUUUUUUGAGAGAACUUUUAGCUUAUAAAUCUAUUGAGGAGUAUAAGAAGAGCUGUACUGAUGAAGAGCAAUUGAUCAAUAUCCCCAAAAUAGUUAAUUUAGGUAUCAUAAAUAUGAAGAACCCAACACAUAGAGCCAAUGAGAAUGAAUUACCUUAUUAUGCUAAUGGAUCAUCAAAUAUGCCUAAUCAUGCAUUUUAUAUUUUACUUGAGAAACUUCCAAUAACAGAUACUAUUACUCAAAAACACAUUAAAUCAUUGAGAAAACAAAUAUACAACUUGAACUAUUUGGUUAACAUACAACAUAAUGAUAUCAGGGGUGAUAAUAUUAUAAUAUCAGGUGAUAAGGCUUAUUUAAUUGAUUUUGGGGAAUCUUCAAAAUUUGAUUUCACAGCCAAGGGUAAGCCAAUAGAUGAAAAAAUCAUUAAAGAGUAUUCAUAUGAUUUGGAAAUGUUAGAAGAAAAUGUUAUUGAUGAAAUAAUUAACGAAAAUAUUGGUAAUUGA